GUUCCUCAGUGUGACGGAGCGAGCGAGCGGGCGGGCAGGCAGACAUGGCGGACUCGGACAGCUGGGACGACGAUUUCCAGACGCAGGGGCCGGUGAGCAAGCCCGUGAUCGUGGACAGAUGGGAAGGCGAGGACGAGGAGGAGGAUGUGAAGGACAACUGGGAUGAUGAUGAAGAGGAAAAGAAAGCACCUGUGAAACCUGUUGAAGUCAAGACAGAAAAGAAGAAAUUAAGUGACCGGAUUAAAGAAAGGGAAGAAAAAGAAAGGCAACUGAAGAAGAAAAAGCAAGAGUUAAAAAAUUUGGAGAAAGUAGCCGAACCAGUGGAACUUUCACCAGAGGAACAACUUGCAGAAAAACUCCGACUAGCCAAGCUACAAGAACAGGCAGAUCUAGAAGUAGCAAAGGACACAUUUGGCAUGAAUAAUGUUUCACAGCUCGGAAUCGACUCCAUGUGCCCGACCACUAAAGAAGACUUUACAGAAUUUGGGAAGCUUUUGAAGGAAAAGAUUACGCAAUUUGAAAAGUCUGUGCAUUAUGUAGACUUUUUAGAGACCUUGCUUCGAGAUAUUAGCAUUUCAUUGGACGUUGACGAUUUGAAAAAGUUGAACAACUCCUUGACAACAUUGUGUAGUGAAAAGCAGAAACAAGAGAAGCAAAGCAAAGGCAAAAAGAAGAAAAAGGCCCCAGUGCUUGCAGGUGGAUUUAAAGCAAAUCUGAAAGAUGAUCUUGAUGACUAUGGUUACACGCAAGAUUAUGAUGACUUCAUGUGAUUAUGUUCUGUCGCCCAGGCUUCUUCCAGCAUGUUUUUUGCAGACAACCACCUGGUUUCUUCUUGAGCUGCACAGAGCCUUCUAUUGUUAUGGAAACAGCUAGGACUCCAGAUGCCAAUGAUAACAACAAAAUUUUGUUACUGGUACCAUAAUUAUAUAUUAUGUGUCAGUGACAAUACUUUAGCACUAUGUGGACAAAGCACCUGCAUGGAUUUGGGAGGGGGUUGGGGAGGUGUGUUGCAGGCUGAGUUCAGGAAGUGAGCAAUAUAUAUUUGAAAAAAUAUGAAUUCUUGCAGUGUCCAUGCCUCAGCAUCUAGAUUCUGACCUGAGCUGAUGUAAUAUCACGUUUAUUGUGAUACUGUAGAAUUGCAAAGUAAGAUUACUAUUUUUAAAAUUUCUUGAAUAUUGCCUGCUUUUUCCUUUGGAAACUAAAAUGGACUAAUUAGAGAUCCUGAUUUCGUGCUGAUGUUGUGCUUUUGGUUGCUGGGUCAGUCUGCCUUAAAAAAAAACACAUUAUCAAUAUUCACAGCCCCAGAAUUGGGACAACAGAGUACUGGGCAUGUGACUUUCCUGUGUCAUUUGUUCAUGUUUGUGACCGCACCAGGGGAGGAGCCUGAAAGCUUUUUCGCUUUAUUCUCUUCCCUCCCCCACCUUAAAAUCAAAUUCCAAAUGCAGUUAGCUGAUUUAAACAUAGUUCAUUAAAAGUGCCAUGGUUUAAAGGUAGUGAGCGAAAGGAGAGGCAGUCCCUGCGUGUCACUGUUUUGAAUAGUGAACUGCUUCCUUAAGUUUGAGCUUAAGGAGUUCGUGAUCAGUGGCUGUUGUCGAGGUUUGAUCAAGACUCCAGUGAAGACAGCAUUGAUAUGGCUCAGUUCUGGGUAGAUCCUUGAAUCUGUACACAAGUUAUCUUUUUGCUGAGAUCCUGAUUGAAGUCCACCUACUCUUGGGUGGAUAUAACAAUAAGGACAUGUCAUUCAAACAGCACAAAUGUUCUCCUCCACACUCAACCUUCACCCAACAUCACAAACACACCUGUGUGGGAUCUUGCUGUGCAGAGAUUGGCAGCCGUGUUUCCUCCUCAGUAUAUCAGGAAUGCUUUGAUCAGUAAGGCACUUUGGCAUAAUUUGAGGCUGCAGGAAACCCUACAAAGUAGGGCUCUCGACAAUCCCACUGUUGGCUUUCUCGCUUACAUUCAUACACGUGGAUGGUUGGUGCAGAUAGAAUCCCAUGGUGUUAGCUGCCCCCCCAAACACCUCCUGCCUUGGCUGAAGAAGGGUGACUACCUGAGGGACAGCUGUUGCUACUUAUUAACAGGAUCACAUUCAAAGUUGCUAACAGCAGCCAAAGAGGGGAAAACGUACUGAGCCUGCUCAAUGUUCAUAAUGGAUGAAUGCACUCCAUUUAAUGGUCACAUCAGCAAUUUAAAGUUAAAGUUAAACAGUGAUUUUUUUUUUGUUGAAAGUAUUGGAUGGGAAAGAUAGAGGCUCUUUGAAUCAAUGUUGCUAAUGGAGGGGGAGAACAACUGAUUAUUUUCUCCUAUCUGGGGGCAAUGACUUGCACUAAUGAAACUUAAGUGCAGAAUGUUUUUGGGAAUCUGUGGCCUUUUUUUACUUACCACUUUCUUGGUUGGGUUGGUAGGUUAGGAGUUUAGUUCAAAAACAUUUCCUGAACACAGUUAAAGAUGUGCUUUUUACUUCAGGACAAUCCUUUGUAAAUGGUUAAGUGUACAUAGGUAGGGAUCCGUUCGGUAAAUGCUGCACUUUACACAGAUUCUACAUUGAUCAUGAGGUGUGGUUGCAACCCAGUGAAAUUCCUUGGACAUGUCCAUUAUUUUUGCCAUCCUGUUGCAUUGUGUAGUGGCACUCCGCAGUCUUGUGAGCACAAAAGGUAAUGGGAAUAGUUCUUGUAUUAAAUAUAUAUAUAUCUCCUCCCCUUGCCCAGUAAAUUCCUAUUUAUUAUACAAAACAAUUUCUCAUGUCUGCAAAAAAGGACAAUUUAUAUAAUAGAUGGGUAACUUAUUUUUACGUCUCAUCUAUUAGUUGGGAAAGCUUAUUAAUGGAAACAUAAUUGGACACUUGUCAUGUUUUAGGACAAUAAAUGAAUAUAAUGUCA